GUUGAAGUGAGAGCAUCAGGUGGGAGAUCAGGUGACUUAGGCCCCAAAUUUCAUCUGCCAAGAAGUGUUGUCAGCAGCCGGCCGCUGUGGCGCCCGAGCCAGGAACCGCCCAGUGCCUAAGGACCCACGUUGUCGGCAGGCGCAUCUUCAGGUCCGUCUUGUUAUCAAUCGCACCCAGCGCACCUCAGCCUGGCGCAACAAUUGACAGCCAGCGACUGCCAGCCUUGCAUUUUCUCCCAACCUCAGCAACCCAUUGUGUCUGGAGACAUUGGGCCCUGUUGUCAGCUUUAACAACGACGUACGACCCAAUUUCCGACCGAGUCCUCAUUUCCAGCCAUUGAUUCAAUUUUAAUCUCGGCGCGUCACCUAUUUAUCACCUUACGACCCGCCGCGACGCCAACAUGGAUCUCGACAUUGAGAUGGACGUGGACGACGUCCAGGAGGUCCCACAGCAUAUCCCAGAGGCGUACACUCAUGAUAUAAUCACCGGCGAGGAACAGGAACCCGGUGAGGUCGACGACAUCCCAGACGAGCAAAACGGCAGCUCGGCAGAGAGUGUUCGCGCGCCCAACAAGGUUCACAUCCGCGGCCUCGACACCUUCACCCCCAACGAUGUCAAGGGCUACCUUUCCGAGCACUACGGCAUGAUGGAGUUUGAGCGAGUCGAAUGGAUCAACGACAGCUCGGCCAAUUACAUUUUCAAAUCCGAGUCGGCCGCGCAAAACGCCCUGCUUUCUCUUGCGGCGGUUGAGAUUGCCGACCUGAGUCAGCUUUCGCCGCUUGAGAUGCUGCCAGCCAAGAACUUUUCCCAAAAGCCAGAGUCGAACUUGCUGGUCCGGUUUGCGGUGGCGGGGGACAGGAAGGUGCAAGGGGCUGCGGCUUAUAGUCGGUUUUAUUUGAUCAACCCGGAGUAUGAUCCCGAGGAGAGGCGCCGGAGGGGGGAGUUUAAUAGGGGCAAGUAUAGGGAUCGGGAUGACAGGCCUCGCAGGAGGAGGAGGGAGAGUCGUUCGGAGGAAAGGAAUACGUUUGAUGUUAAUCUUUAUGAUGAUGAUCCGAAGGCGUUGAGUAAUCGGGUUACGACGAGUCCUAGGCCACGAUACCGGUCGAGAUCGGUGAACUCGGCGGAUUUUAGAAGGGAAAGGAGGGUUAGGUCCAGGUCGAGGGAGAGGCCGAAUCGGAACAAGGAGCUUUUCCCUGAGAGACAGAGGCCGGCGGUUGGGCUGAGGGAUAGGUCCGCUUCUCCAGUCAGGGAUCGGGAUGGGGAUGCGCAGAUGGAUUUGGAGGAGGAUGCUCGUGCUGUGGCUGUUCAGCGGAGUAGAGAAAGAGGUCGGGAGCUGAGGGAACGACUGUCUAGGGAUACUAAGGCCAAGGAGUUGUUCCCAAGCAAAGUCACGGCAAAGAAGGAGCUGUUUCCAGAGAAGGCUGGGUUGGCGAUUGGCAGCAAGGCACAGAUGGAUCAGGUCACUAACAGCUCAACUAUUCUCGCCACCGCAUCACUAGCAGACAGGAUAACAACUCGACCGACGGCAUCAGGAGGGGAAGGGGGCCUGAAUAUUCGUGGCAUGGCUGGGAAGCAAGGGACAGGUCAGGGGAUUGCGAUCAAGGGGACGGGGGCCAAGGUUAAGGAGUUGUUCCCGGGCAAGUUUGGGAGUGGGGGGAAUGCUGGGAAGGAGUUGUUUGCGGAGAAGUUGGAGGGGAGGGGGAGGAGGAGGCAGAGGGCGGAAGAUUCUUGGAAUUGAUGGGGGGUGGACAUGUAUAUGCAUUGAUAAAGGCGUUCAGGAGAGGCUUGAUUUGGGGUUAUAUAGCACUGUUGUAAGGAAAUCUAAGGGCAUGGAGGUUUCUAUCAUUGGAUAUGUGAGUUGUGUGGUGAGUUAUGUGGC